GUAUGUGUGAAGGCUGCGCCGUGAGCGACAACUUUUCGAACCGAUCUGAGACGGACGAACGGAAUUAAAUAUCAGUUGCUGCUAGCGUUUUGGGAAUAGUAGUCGAUAACAACUGAACAAUCAACAUGUCUGAAAAAGAGAAGAAGGUAAAGAAGAAGAAGACCAAGGAGGGAGAUUCAACCUCUGAAGCUACUCCAGAGGAAACUCCAGCAUCCACUCCAGCAGCUUCAUCAGCUGCCGCUACACCAAAAUCACCAUCAGGCUCAACCCGCCAAUCAUCGAAAUCGGGUGGUUCGUCAUCAAGACGUGCCAAGCGUGCCGGUUCAAAUGUGUUCUCUAUGUUCUCGCAAAAACAAGUUGCCGAAUUCAAAGAGGCCUUCCAACUUAUGGACCAAGACAAAGAUGGUAUUAUUGGUAAAAAUGAUCUUCGUGCUACCUUCGAUGCUGUCGGCCGUUUGACAAACGACAAAGAAUUAGAAGAAAUGUUGAGCGAAGCAUCAGGACCAAUCAAUUUCACACAAUUGUUGACCCUAUUCGCAAAACGUAUGGCCGGCUCUGGAGCAACAGACGAUGAUGAUGUUGUCAUCGAAGCAUUCAAAAAGUUCGAUGAAGGUGGUAUUAUUGACGGUGACAAAUUGCGUCACUUGUUGACUAACUUCGGUGAGCGAUUCACACAAAACGAAGUUGAUGAUGCCUACGAUCAAAUGUGUAUCGACGAUAAAAACAUGAUCGACACUGCCGCCCUUAUCGAAAUGUUGACCGGCAAAGAAGAGGGAGAAGAAGAAGAAGCCGCCGCAUAAGAACAUUUAUUUUUUAUUUUUUUGUCAAUAAAGAAAGAAGAUAAACAAAGCCGCCUAUAAUUUUCUUUAAAUAAAUUACAUAAAAUGUGUGGCAUUUUAUAGGACUACGUACUUUUUUGGCAGACAAUUGAGAACGAAUCGCCCAUAUAUAUUUUUUUUUUCUAUCAAAAUAAAGUUACAAAGCAAACAGCAUCGUUAAAAUUUUUCACAUUUUUGAAGUCUUGAAAGAAAAAGAGAUGGAGAUGAAGAAAUGAUGAGAGAAAGUGGAAGCGGCCUCAAACUCGCAAACAGUCAUUGCAUAAUCAUACACUUGUUUUACUUUCUAGCUAAUUGUUAAGGACAUUAUUUUAAUACAGAGCAUAGUUUUUUUUCCAUCAAACUUAUUCAGCAAUGAGUUACUUUUAUCUUGUCUGCCAUAUAUAAAAUUUACCACAUUUGUUCCAUUAAGAAAAAUGCCAGAGAUAUAUUAAAUUCAUUUGUCAUUCA